AUGGCAUCACAAAUGUUCAUUGAUAGAUUCAAAGACAAAGUAUCAACGAUGAAUAAACUAGGCGAAUUUGACGUUGAUGUUUCGAAAGCUGUAAACAAACCUGCAGGGAUACCCCAGAAAUCAAUCAUGCAAAUUUCUGCAUCCAAUAUAUACUCAACAACAAAAAAAAAUAUAAUGACAGUAUUCAGGGUAUCCAUUUUUAAAUAGGAAAUAAUUAUGUUCAAAUGAAAAGCUAAUCUUUAUUUAUCUUAAAAUUUAUAAUAAAAAGCAACUACCAAACCUCUGUUUCCCCUACAAACGAAUAUACUACAUUUGCAAGACCAAUUAAAUUGCAAGGCCCAACUGAGCGUUCAUUUUAUGCUCCCCCGAGUGAAGCUGCCUCAGAACCCACCAUAAUCAAAAAGUGGCGUCAUUGGAAUUUUCUGGGUCUCCCGACCGAAAAUUCUCUUCCUCGAUUUUUUGAUUAUGAGGUUUGGCUUUCCCCAGCGAAUUUAUCCCGGCGAUGACAGGACUUCAAGUGCCUGUGGUGCGCAACGCAGGACUCCUGUCCCUUAGGGAAUGGAAUUUUCUGGAAGGAUGCCACCAACCCCAGGCAGUGGAGAUUGGGACCUUUAGGGUGCCUGAUGGACCCAAGUUGGUUUUCCCGAGAGCCGGAAGGACGGCCGUCGAAAUCCGAACGCCGAAACCGAUGGGACCAUUCAGCUUUGAAGCCAAGUGGUGCACGACAUUUUGGGUAGAGCGUGGAAGCCCAGAAGCAGGACGGAUACCCGUGCAGGGAAUGUGGUAUUGGACGUUAAGAGUGCAUUAAUAAUUAAGUAAGUAAGCCUCAGAACCCACCAAUUUUCAUUUAAUGAACCCUAAAAGCAGUUAUUAUCCAGCUCCAGAAAAUAUUUCGCAUGGCUACUCGGCUCAACAGUCUCCAAGAGUCUCUGAAGUUCAUCAAAAACCUAAAAAGGCAGCAUCAGCAGCCCCUUUGAGAAAAACCCAAGAAACUUUGUUAUCAACAAACAGUAACCAAUUAAUUUCACAUGCAAAAAGGAGAGUUAUUGAUUUUACUCCUUAUACAUUGAAAGAUUAUAUGCUAAUUUUAAUUGAUUUUUUAUUUUUUUUAAAAAAUAAUUAAAAAAAUAUUAUUCAAUAAAAAUAUUUAAAAAAAUAAUAAAAACAGAAAAAUAUUACGAAUUAGGAGGUCUUGGACCUUUUAAUAUAGGAACUGAAGAAUGGGAAAAAAAGAAAGAGCUGCAGGACAGGAAAAAAGAAUACGCUAAACAAGUAAUGCAAGCUAAUUCAUCAUUGAUACCACCAGCUGUAUUAAAAAAACCAAAAGAAAAAGACAAAGAAAUUAGCACAAGGCAGCGAGCUAUAGAAUUUGCAAAAAAAAUCCAAAAGCCUCCAUUGAAGGCUAAGGUGUUUAAUGGUGAAAUUAAAGAAGAAAAAGAAGAAUUUGAAGACAAAACGCUAUCCUGGCUAGAAAAUUUAGAAAAACAGCAUGAGCUAUAUAAAAGCAAAGCCCAAGAAAUCAGGACUAAGAUGGAGUAA